AUGUUUUUACAGCGUUUUUACGCAACCCCGAUCGCCAAGGCGUUUGCUCUAUCGCCAAGGGGGAGUGACGAACCCUCACAAGUUUUUCCGACGGCGUCGAAGCAGGGCUUUUGGUGCAUCAGCUCUUUCUACAUCAUCAACCUCUUCAUCGGCGGAUUGGUCCUGCCCUCCGACGACGACCGGCUGCUCAACUCCUCAGGAGCCAACACCAAGGCGUCGCCCUUAGUGCUCGCCAUUCAAGAUGCCGGCAUCCCGGUUCUUCCGUCCAUCAUGAACGCCGUGAUCAUCAUCUCUGUGGUCAGCGCUCUCGGAGCAGGGCAUGGCGCCCAAGUCCUGGUAUACAUCGACAAGCACGGCCGUCCGGUGUGGCGCGUGGCGGUCCAGAUGCUGUUCGGGCUGCUGGCGUGCAUCGGAACCGCCAAGGUGGGCAGCACCGUCUUCAACUGGCUGCUCGCCAUCUCGGAUCUCUCCUACUUCUUCGUAUGGGGAUCGGUUUGGAAGGUGCAAGGCUACUCGCUCGACCAGAUUUCGUACAAGCCCCCUUUGGGUGUUUGGGGCAGUUGGAUCGGCCUCCUGCUCAACAUUCUCUGCCUCCUUGCCACGUUCUACGAUACUCUCUCUACCUGA